GGCGGGAGCGGGGCGCGGAGAGGAGAGGAGAGGAGAGGAGGGGGCCGGGGCGGAGGCGACUCCUCCUCCCGCCGCCGCUCCAGUGCCGCGGGGCUGCGGGGCAGGACCCGCCGCCGAGCAUCCUCCGGCCGCGGGGCCUCGCUGCGCUCCCCGCCGGGGCAGGAGGCGGCGGCAGGUGUCCCAAGCCGGGCAGCCCGGGACUUUCCGGAGCGCCCGCCCCGCAGCGUCCCGGAGGGUUUAGCGGAUUUCUCUCUCCCUGCUCCCGUCCGUCAGUCGGGGGCUGCCGCAGAAUUCGUCGGUUCCCUGCUUGCCCCCUCGCCGCCGCCACAGCGGGAGCGAAGGGGAGACCUAUAAACCCGGGCGAGUCGCGGGAGAAGAUUAUGGCAACGUGAGUGAGAAGCGGAGCCGCCUGGCCGGAGCCCGCCCGUACCCCGGCGGAGCGGAGAGCGCGGAGCCGCGGCUCAUCCCGCCGAAGCCGCUCUCCGCAGGCAGCGCGCAGGGCCCGCGGCGGAGCGGCCUCCAGCCCUGCCCCAGCUCAACGUUCUGGACUUUGGAGACUCGCUGCUUUCCUUUUGUCGAUAAAGAUGAGAAAAAAGUGGAUAUUGGAGGAUUUUCACUUUAUCUUUUGUGGUGUGCUCUGUCUCCUUUUCAUAGAUGGAAGUAAACUGGAACAAGUAAAACAUUCAGAUACAUACUGUGUGUUUCAAGACAAGAAGUAUCGUGUAGGAGAAAGAUGGCAUCCUUAUCUAGAACCCUAUGGCCUCGUUUACUGCGUUAAUUGUCUUUGCUCAGAGAAUGGAAAUGUACUUUGCAGCAGAAUAAGAUGCCCAAGUCUACACUGUCCUUCCCCGGUGCACGUACCACAGCUGUGCUGCCCACGAUGCCCAGAAGACUCCCUUUUCUCAGUAAGCAGCAAAAUCACCGGGAAAUCCUGUGAAUACAACGGCACCACCUACCAUCAUGGCGAAAUGUUUGUGGCAGAGGGGCUUUUCCAAAACAGGCAAGCGAACCAGUGUGCCCAGUGCAGCUGCUCAGAGGGAAACGUGUACUGUGGGUUGAAGACUUGUCCCAAAUUAACUUGCUCUUUCCCAGUUUCUGUUCCGGAGUCCUGCUGCCCGGUUUGCAGAGGAGAUGGAGAAUUAUCAUGGGAACACUCCGACGGAGACAUCUUCCGGCAGCCAGCCAACAGGGAAGCUAGACACUCGUACCAUCACUCCCACUACGACCUGUCGCCCGGCUCCGCGAGGCAGGUUGUCAACAUUCCACGAUUUCCCAGUGCCAGGAGUAACCGCGGAGUCCUGCCGGAUCCCCAGCAAGCCUCGGGAACAAUAGUGCAAAUCGUCAUCAACAACAAGCAUAAGCAUGGACGAGUUUGUGUUUCGAACGGCAAAACAUACUCACACGGUGAAUCUUGGCAUCCUAAUCUGCGGGCCUUUGGAAUCGUAGAGUGUGUGUUGUGCACCUGCAACAUCACCAAACAAGAAUGUAAGAAAAUUCACUGUCCAGAACAAUAUCCCUGCAAAUACCCUCAGAAAGUAGAAGGAAAAUGCUGUAAAGUCUGUCCAGAAGUGCCAAGUCAAACCUUUGACAACAAAGAUUACUUCUGUGGGAAGGAGACAUUUCCCGUCUAUGAAUCCGUUUUCACAGAGGAAGGGGAAACCAUCAGAAAAAUUGCCGUAGAGACUGAAAAACCACCUCAAGUAGAAAUACAUGUGUGGACAAUUAGAAAAGGGAUUCUGCGUCACUUCUACGUUGAAAAAGUGUCCAAGAGAGAAUUUGAAGAACUUCCUUACUUCAAGCAGAUAACAAGGACAACCCCUAGCCAGUGGAAAAUAUUUAGCGAGGGAGAAGCUCAGAUCAGCCAAAUGUGUGAAAGCAGAGUGUGCAGGACUGAGCUGGAGGAUUUGGUGAAGGUUUUGUACCUUGAGAAGUCUGAAAAGGGUCACUGUUAAGGGAGACAGCACUGGAGGGAGAAACACAAGAAAACUUAUGAAAACUUGGAUCUGCAGCUGGACUGCAGGCUUAUUUUGCUUAAGUCAACAGUUGCCCUAAAAACCGAAACUAUAAUGCAGUAAUUAUUCACAUCAUGCACAGCAAAUUUGCUGCUUUAUGUGUAGUGGUCUGUGUCAACCGUUCAAAUAUCUCCUUCAAGAGACCAGGAGGCUCUGUGCUCCUGGGGGAAGGAGAAAGAGAGACUGUACUUUCCCAGAGUUGCAGUUCUUUGCAAGUUAAAAAGAGAAAACAGAACAUUUGUAUUAUUAUUAUUUGGCAAGUUAUUCGAACUAAUGAAAAGAAGGACACCUAAUAAAUGUGCAGGAGCUACGGAGAGCAUUAUUUCCUGUGCUGAAUUGACACCAUUUCUGGUGUUGGAAUGACUCACGUUUUUGGUUUGGUUUGGUUUUUUUUGGUGUUUUGUUUUUUGGGUGUUUUUUUUAGUAGUGGAGGAAAAAUACAAGUGAUAAGAAUACUUGUGUUGGAGACUUUACAAACAGAUUUAAACUAACAAACUCCUAAGCAGCCUGCCUUUGGGAUGAUGUCUUGUAGCUGAGCAAACCCAGUCCAUAAACCAAACAGCAGGUGUUAGUGGCAAUCACUGUAUUUUUGUAGCAAUUUGAGCAAAUGGUCGCUUUUAAGUGGUUUUCACUGUUUCCUCCACCCACUUCUCUGAAAAAUGUGAAGUGUUAGCUCUAUCAUAGCCCUAAUAACUUCAUUCUUCUGGGCCCUAUUAACACAUGGUCUCGGCUGGCAAACUGCUUUCUAAAGUGACGGGGCAGAAAGUGGUGAGGUACUUGCAGUACUUGCAAAACACCUAGAGGGUUAAACCUCCCAAUUAAUAACUCCUUAGGAGUUGCAACAGUGCUUAAUUUAUGCGUUCUGAUCUGUUACAAACCUAAUCUUCUGCAUUUUUCUGAGGGUGGCCUCUCAAUUCUCACGCUCCAAGGACAGCUCUGUCCCAUGACAAACACCGAACAGCUCCAGCGGGCCUUUAGAAGGCGACAGCUCUGUUAUCUUUGUGAAAAACAAAUCUGAGAGAUUGUUAAAUUUAGUAUAGCAUGUUUACAGGCUGUUUGAGAAAGGUGGCUCUCAUCUGCUGAAAAAAGUGGAAUUUUAAAAAUGUUUUCUCUGAAGAGUCACCGAAAUAGUGCACGGCCGCACGGCUGCCGUGUUAAGCUGGAAGAAGCCUUGUUGUGUUGGUGACUCUGCCUUUGCUCCCAUUUUCUACUCUCCAAGCAGACAGGAAUAGUGCUGGUCAAACACAUGCAAACGAAGCUUUAUGAAAACACUCAGAGCCAGGGGCCGUGAAAUCAACAGGGAGAGCGAGGAUUUUGAUUUUGCCAGCAGCCUCGAGAGAGCACGAUGCUGCUCAGAGAGAGCCAGGGAGGAGAACAGACACACAGCUGAAGAAAGGCUGAAGGAAUUGGAAGAACAUGGAUAGGGUGAUCUCAGGUCCUUAGCGAUCCUGCCUGUAUGUAACCACAUUGUUGUCCCUAAGCCUGGGCAGAGAGCAGAUAAUAUUUAGGAAUGCUUCCCUCCCUACCAAGCACUCGACACAGUCCACCGUGUAACAGGAAGACACGCUCAAAAGGGAGCUCCUCCAGCAACCGCAUGGAUUUGGAAGAACAAAAUACUUUGACCUGGAAUCAGUAAGAACCACGGGGUUCUCUUUCCAAGCCCCCAUGGGCUGCAGGGACGUCCCCCCUGGUCCCUCCAUGGCCACAGGGGAGUCUCUGCUGGGCCCUGCAGUGUCUCCUCCCCCCCUGCCCGGUGUCCCUGUCCCGGGGCUGUUUCUCACACUUUGUCCCUCACCACCAGGCAGCGUUUUGCCCUUUCCCGACAGCACCGAUACGGUGCUGCGGUGCCCAGUCUGAACCGCCACAAGGCCAUUACAGGUCCCAUGUCACUGAUCGUUAAAAGGAGAGCAAAGUGAGCUGAUGUCCCACCGCCCUUCCACGGGACCGCAGCCUCCGCCUCCCUAAAUCCCGUCCUGGUGUUUGGAAGGGUGCAGCGUGUCCUAACUGAGGGCCUAAGACCAGAGGUUACUACAGUGCAACUGUAGAAGAAGCAGGUUGGCAUCAGCAACACCCUCUGCAUGUAGCGUCUACAGGGUUGAAAUGUGCUGCAGACAUGCAAAAUUUUAUUAUAAAUCUUCUAAUAAGUCAUGAAUUAACCUUCUAGUUCUUUUGGUGAAGACAUUGUAAGGAAGAGGUUGUGAGGAACUCCAGUGAUCUGCAGUUCACUCUUCACCUCACGGGCGUUGUCUGUUUGUAGCAGUAGCUGGUGAAAAGAGACUAAGUGGAAAGUGUACAGCGUUUGUAAUUUUCUUUUAAGAAGAAGAAGGCAACCUGCUUUCUGUGUUUGUGACAGGACAGGUGGAAUCCAGAUUGUGUAUUUAUUUUAUAAUAAACACUUUUUAAGAAAGGCAAAAAAAAAAAAAUCCUAAGCAUCAUUUAGUAAAAUGCAGUGUUGCAUUUUUCCAGUUUCUGAUCACAUAAGACAACAAAAUACACAGUGCCAUGUUCUUCAUUCUCUUCAUGGGAUGUACGUCUGUUACGGUACUUAUUUAUGUACUUGUUGUAUCACUUUGACCUGGUUUUAUAAAUUAAUAAACUCUGACGUUGAUAAUAAAA